AUGGACAAAGACAAAGGAUGGCCCGAACAACCUCCUGUGAACAAAAUCGACACGCACCAUCAUAUAGUGCCUGACUUCUAUGCUCGUGCGGUCGAAGAAGCGGGCGGCGAUCCCAGUGGCUGGGCCACCCCAAAAUGGUCACUCGAUUCAUCGCGAAGCAUAAUGCAGAAACUGGGUGUACAAACCUCGAUACUAUCCAUCACGGCCCCGGGUGCAUGCAUUCUACAAGGUAAAGCUUCACAUGAACUUGCUCGCAAACUGAACAUGGAGAGCGCUCGGAUUCGCGAUCAAGAGCCAGAGAAAUUUGGUUUCUUCGCCAGUCUCCCGGAUAUUCUCGAUACGCAGGCUGCCCUUGACGAAAUACAAUACGCUUUGGAUGUUCUGAAAGCCGAUGGCGUGACCCUUUUCACUCGCUACGGCAAGAAGAACACAUAUCUUGGACACCCAGAUGUCCAGCCUAUCUGGGAGGAAUUGAACCGUAGGACAUGCGUGGUCUUCAUCCACCCUACACAUCCCGUCGAUACUAACACUGUGAACCCUAAAACGCCUCAACCAAUAAUCGAUUAUCCUCACGAGACCACCAGAACGGCUUACGACAUGCUCACUCAAGGAACGUGUCUCAGAUACCCAGCGUGUAAAGUGAUCUUGUCUCACGCGGGAGGCACUCUUCCAUACCUCAUCAGCCGGCCUGCUGGGUUGGUGCGAGGGAUGUCGGACGGACAAGCCAAAGAUCGUAUAGGGGCUACUCAUGCUGAGGUGGUGGCCGGUUUCCAAAGCUUCUAUUAUGACCUUGCGCUUUCGACUUCUCCCGCGGUCUUGAAAAUGCUUUUUGAAACCGUUCCACACGACCAUAUCCUUUAUGGUAGCGACUUUCCUUAUGCACCGCCACCAGUCUAUCCGGCAUUUCUAGAAGAUCUUGAAGACUCUGCUAUGACGCCUGAAAUGCGCAACAAAAUCAACUUUGGCAACGCUACCAAUUUGAUCCCAAGGCUGAGCAAACGCUCGGGUAUGUGA